GUCUCGAUUUCCUCACUUUCCUUUCGACGCAACAACAUGAACAGUGCUCCUGCACCCCGCCAGUCCUCGUACUCUUGUGUUUUGAAAGGUGUACACAAAACCAUCACCAUGGAGGAAGUAGAGGAUGCCCUGAUGGAUCAUCAGCUUCGACCAUCAAAACUGUGGCGUAUCACUUCGAGGAAGACCGGAGAGCCUACUACCUUAGUAAGGAUUCUAUCAAGGCAUGAGGAGGACGUCUUGAGCCUCAUCCAAAACGGACUUAAACUCCUGGGUGAGCGCUUACGCGCCGAAGCUUCCCAUCCUCCUCCUAACCAACCAUUGCAAUGCAAUCGCUGUCUUGCAUUCCACGCUAUAACAACUGGCUGUACGAAGAGCCAAACCUGCGGCCUAUGUUCCGGCCCGCACGCAACAAAUUUCUGCACGAAGACCGCCGAGACUACACCUAAGUGUGCGAACUGUGGAGGUAACCAUGCCGCGUUCAGCUAUAGUGCCCCAGCCGCCCAAAGGCCCCCAUUGCGCCAGAGCUUGUUGCCCCUUUGA